CUUGCAGGCAGCAGCAUAUCAUGAGAAGAAACGAAGGAGACGAAGCGAUCCCUGAUCAAAUGGAUGUCAUUCCUCUUCUCACUCCCUAUAAGUUGGGAAAUUUCCACCUCUCACAUAGGGUUGUUUUGGCACCAAAGACAAGACAAAGAUCUUACAACAAUGUUCCUCAACCACAUGCUAUCUUGUAUUACUCACAAAGAACUACAAAUGGUGGUCUUCUCAUAUCAGAGGCUACUGGAAUAUCAAACACUGCACAAGGGUAUCCAGACACACCUGGUAUUUGGACAAAGGGACAAAUUGAAGCUUGGAAACCAAUUGUGAAUGCUGUCCAUGAAAAAGGUGGAACCUUUUUUUGUCAGAUUGUGCACAUUGGAAGAGUUUCAAAUUCAGAUUUUCAGCCGAAUGGACAAGCUCCGAUUUCUAGCUCCUACAAGACAUUGUCUCCGAAGCUUCAAAGUAAUGGCAUGGAUAUUGCUCGCUUUACACCUCCACGAGGGUUGAGGACAGAAGAGGUUCCUGAAAUUGUUAAUGACUUUAGGGUUGCAGCCAGAAAUGCUAUAGAAGCUGGAUUUGAUGGUGUUGAGAUCCAUGGGGCUCAUGGUUUCCUUAUUGAUCAAUUCCUCAAAGACCAAAUCAACGACAGAACAGACAAAUAUGGAGGUUCUUUGGAAAACCGUUGUCGAUUUGCCCUCGAAAUUGUUGAAGCUUUAGUAAACGAACUAGGAGCUGGGAGAGUUGGUAUAAGGUUUUCUCCCUUCAAUAACUUCAUGGAAUCGGACGACUCAGAUCCUAUGAGUUUAGGCCUUUACUUGGCUGAAGCCUUGAACAAGUAUGAUAUCGCAUACUGCCACAUGGUUGAACCGAUAAUCAAAACUGCUGAAGAAAAAUGUGAACGCCCGUAUAGUCUUGUUCCCAUGAGGAAGGCUUUCAAGGGGACUUUUAUUGCGACUGGAGGAUAUGUAAGAGAUAAUGGGAAUGAAGCCAUAAGUGAGAACCGAGCUGAUCUUGUCGGUUAUGGACGUUGGUUCUUGUCGAAUCCAGAUUUGCCACUCAGGUUCAAGCUUAAUGCACCCCUCAGUAAAUACCAUCGAGAAACAUUUUACACGUCUGACUCUGUUUUCGGCUACACUGAUUACCCGUUUCUUGAAACUGAUAAAUGUUAAUAUAGUAAAAAAUUGUAUCCUAAUAAGUGUUAUGAUGAGAAUUGAAUUUCUUGUCCAACCAAGCUUGUAAGGUAAGAAUAUGUUGUAAAAUAUUUGGAUAGAUC